UGCAGCAGUCGAUCGUGGUUGGUUCAAUGCAAUAGCCGUUGCGACGCGUGUUCUUCUAAUUGUGGUACAUCUCGUCUUCGAUAACAACGUAGUGCGGGGGUGCUUUGUUAUUUAAGGUUUGUUUUCUUUCGGUCGGUUUAGAUUAUCAAAGCGCUACAAUAUUGAUAACAGGACCAACUGAUUUACAGUGUAUAAUUGCGUUCGAACUUCGGUUUAGUUUUUCUAUUCUGUUCCAGACUUGUAGAAGAAGUAUUGCCGUCGCGGUCGUGAUAACAGCGAGUCGAUAUCGAACGUUACGUCCAGCGAGCGUGACUCAGAUUUGAAAAGGUGCUGUUUAUUACGGUACUCGUGCCACUGACGGUACCGAUUGAUCAAGAUUUCCGUCGCACACCGGUACUACGAUUGGCGGCGUGGGUACAACAUCGCAUCGCCUGCUUAGACCAUCGCACAACGUCCAGUCAGCUUCGAAUCGUGAUUCCAUCCAGACGUCUGGACGUGUCCGGGAAAAGUCGUAUCCUAUAUAGGACUAUCUAGACUAGAAGUUUAGUUUAUUGAGUUCCUCUGCCCAUCGAGUGCCUGUGUGUAGUGUGCAAUAAGGUGUAGCUAUAUUUGCACCCACCAGUAGUUGUCUAUGACUCACGGUGGCUGUGGAGGAGCCUCGCAACUCGUCCGCAACGACGACAAAUCCCGGUGCAAUGGUGCGCCCUUUCAACACUUCGGCAGAGAACGGUGGCGUCCAGGCCGCUGCUAAUAUGCCACGACCCACGGCACCUCCCCUGGUGCAGGUCAACGGGGAAGGGGACGACUUCACGAACGCCGACCUGUACGUGGACUUUCUGAUCCUGGGGAACAAGGAAAACUACAGCGUGCGCGCCGAGAAGAAACCGGUGCUGGAUUCCAACACCCAACUGGCGCACAUGAUCAACGGCGCCGUUCCCUCCGCGACCAUCGUCGAUGGGAAGUACGUGGUGCGGGACGUGGACAAGGAUAAUUUCGAGAUUUUUGUCAGGUACCUCGAAACCAAAUUCAUCAAAUUCCACUCACCAAGCCAUAUGCUCCAGAUGCUGGAGUUGGCAUCCCGCUUCCAGUGCCGGCAGCUGGAAAUACACUGCGUCAAGGAACUGGAUCACAAUCUAACGAUCGAUCACGUACUGGAAGUGUUUCGCGCCCUUUGGUACUACAACUCGAUCACACCGGUAAAGGCCUCGAUCGUCACCGAACAGAAGAAGAAACGCCGCCACAGAAAGAACGACAAACCGGAAGGACCGGUCACUCCGGAGGAAUACUUUGCUGCGUUGCUGAACAAUUGUCUCCAGUUGAUCGACAUGCACGCAGAGGACGUUUUCGCACAAGAAGCAAUGCUCGCGUUGAGAUUUGAAGAGCUGGAGAUGAUUGCCCGGCGCGAUGCCUUGCAGAUGUCUUCCGAGAUAGUCCUCCUGGAUUUGCUAGCCAAUUGGAGUCGCGAAGAAUGCAUGCGUAAGAAUCUCGAGCUGUCGGACGAAAAUCGUCGUCGCGUUCUGGGGGCGCUGUGUUACGCGCCACACUAUCUCACCAUGACACGGAAGGAGUUUGAAAACGUUAAGGAUCGCAUCGAGCUGCUGGACCCUGCCGAGUCCAAACUGGUCGGAGAUAUGCUGAACGGGCGCAAAGUGACGAACCUAACGCCGGAGCAGCAAACGAUGGUAGCCAACUUCAAGCAACAACGGCCACCCUUUGCUGGGAUGCCGAUUCAGCUGAGUGCCCGCAGCAACCCGAAGAACUACCCCAAGAAAAUGCGCAAAGCGGCCGAAGAGGCAGAAGGUGACAAACGAAGCUGCUGUGAUAGGUUCAUCUUGAACUGCAUAUCGGUAUUUGCCUGUAUCUUCGACUAGCGAGUGCUUGUCUAGGGAGGGGAGGGUAAGGGUGCAGGAGUAAUCUCAACGGAUUGAGCUCAGCUUGUAGUGGUAAGGCACAUUUUUGUAUGAAUUCUCGUCGCCGUGGCAUAAUAGCGGCGAAAUGCGGAGGUGACUUUCAAGUGUUCAAAGGCGGGGGGUGGUAUUUCUGUUCAAAGUUCAGCUUUUUAUACCUCACGAAACUCGUUUUUAAUGCAAUUAUGUGUUCGCGGGACACGCUAUAUAUCAGUAUCGCAAUGUUUUACUUUAAAUCAAUCUAGAACAAGUGGAUCCAAGAAUGAAUAUUUUUACUGAAAUGUUAUCGAAACUCUAUUGAAAGAUUAAUAUUUGUUAAUUAUUGUUAGUAGUGAAUUCUAGAGCCCAUUUUGUAUCAAAUACGAAGGUUUUAUUUUUGGAAAUUUUGUUGAAAUUAUUAUCCGUGGUUCGAAUUUUAUGUUGUAGUCAAAACUAUGUAUUUUUGAUUUAUUUCUCUUCGAGACAAACUUACUAAGUUAAGAAACUUUCGAUGAUUGUUUUAAACAAUUUACUUUUGGAAAAGAAUAGUGAAAUAGUGAAUAUAUUAGUCGAAAAUACGUUUAACAUCAGAAAGGUUGAAUGUUCUAGUCUAUGAGUGAUUUUAUAACAAACAUUUAGCUUAGCUUGCCAUCAAAUGUUCAAACACACAAUAUAUACGAGCGCUACAAAGUUUGUGAAAUCAGUUGAAAAAAAUCUAUUGAAACCAGUUGACAUUAUACGUACCUAUAUUCAGACACAGAAUUUAUUACUCCAACACGCAUGGCUAAAGUAAAAGCCCCAUAAUAGCAGUAGCAGAUACACAGCAGCAUCACACAGCGAAGCAACUCCCCAUGUUAAGUUUGCUUUUUGAAAGCAGUACACUCAAAUUCUACAGCAAAGCUAAGAAGUUUUAAACAAGAUCAAGAAUAUAUAGCUAAAAGAAAGAGCAAGCAUCAUUCAGGCCAUGCUUGAUUAUUGACCACAGCAGACCAGAAUAAGAUUUUAAGAACAAACCGUAAUGUUAGUGCAUAUAAACUAAAACAUAAUCAAUCAUAUAUACAUAAUUCUCGUUGCCAUAUUAUCCACUUUAUAUACAAAACAGACUUUUAUGUGCUCCUAGUGUAGGCUAAUGGUCGUUCAUUUACCGCUUAAGUUGUACGUUAGAACGUGACUGUUUUAACAGCAUACAUGUAAUGUGAUUUCAGUGUUUAGUUUCUAAACGAAAACGAACAAAACUCAACUCGAUAACAGUGAAAGAUUCAAAAAGUUCUUACAUCGUAUUAACAACACAGUCCAAUUUGCGAUUCGGCAAACACUAAACUUCGUUUAGACUUCAAGACUAAAAAUAUGUAGUAUGUCGUCUAACACGAAUCUGCAUAACGUUUUCAGAUCUAUCUAAAAUACAUUGGACUGUAUUGUUAAUAGAGUGAACUUUAUUUGGUAGCUGCUACUCGUACUAAAACAAUUCAGUGCCAUAACUUUUGGAACGAGAAAAGAACGGUACAGCGUCAAUGAGGCGCUGUUCGACGCUGUCGGUUUGGUAGUUGAUUAAACGUGUGAAAAACUGUA